UGUAUCUGCUAUCGGACGCUUAUCUGACACUUGGCCUUUGUUCCCUGCUCUCUCCUUCCUGCUGCAACCGUCACCGCUUGACUUUCUCGGCGUGACAGCGGUGGAGCUCGUCAUUCGCCCUCCUUUCGUUUGGGGGGGGGUAGGAGAGGACACUCGGAGAGGAAAGGGAGCGCCUAUAGGAGGCAGAAGGGUUGAAAGCAUGUGCUGUACGGGGAAGUGCGCCCGCCUGGUGGGCCUGAUCCUGCUGCCUUCGGCCUUCAUCUGCAUGAUCGCCAACCUGCUGCUGUUCUUCCCCGACGGGAACCAGCUGGACAAUGACCAGAUCUCCCUCCAGGUCUGGCUCAUGGGGGGCCUCAUCGGAGGAGGCCUCUUUAUGUUGUGCCCGAGCUGCUCCGCUAUCAGGGCCGGGGGCAAGGGUUGCUGUGGAAAUGGUUGCUGUGGCAACCGUUGCCGGAUGCUGAACUCGGUGUUCUCCUCCGCGUUCGGGCUGGUCGGAGCCAUCUACUGCACCAGUGUGGCCUCUGCCGGUCUGGCCAUCGGACCCAAGUGCCGGGUGGCCGGGGGCCAGUGGGAGUACCCCUUUGAACACCUCGGCACAGGUAACAGCAGCUACCUCGUGAACCAGACGCUGUGGGCAACGUGCGAGUUCCCCGAAAACGCGGUGAUGUGGCACGUGGUCCUGUUCUCCAUCCUGCUGGCCACGGGGGCCGUGCAGCUGGUGCUCUGCGGCAUCCAGGUCGUCAACGGCUGCCUGGGGUGCAUCUGCGGGGACUGUCGCGAAAGCAGAGACGAUGACGGCGGAUUGUGAAAGUGACGAAGACGACCUGGGCCCGGGACGCCUUUCGUGCUCCUUCAAUCGUGUGAAGUCUUUACUCCCUCUGACUCGUUUAUUAUCAAUGAAGACUCCACGUGUGGUACAUCAGUGAAAAUCAACAUUAAAAUCGCAUACCUGA